AUGACAUAUUCUCAUUUGCGAAAUGAUUUGUCAGUAGAGUUGAAGGUGGUGGCCUUACUAUUUUUUGGUGCCCAAUGCAUUAGUGAUGAUCACUGUGCAUUCCUUCUUUUUGUACUAACACUCGUGAACCACCGUUCAGUUGGAGAUCAUGCUGGCAUUCAGUUUAAUAAACGAACCCCAGAUACGUACCAAAGAAUUUCUGUUGUCUAUGAACCGGACCUACCUAACUGUACGGAACCAGUAUGCACCGGUCCGCUGGCAGAAAUUUAUUGCUUUGGCAAACUUAUUUAUACGUCUUGGUUGUUUGGUCUAUAUGGAAAAUGUCCUGGUGAAAUGAUGCGUAAUCCUCCAGACCGAGUGUUGAAUGCAUUUAAAAAGUUGAAAUACCCUCUAAAGAAGGAUGAAUUUAAAACAUUUUGCUACGAAAAUUUUGUAUCUUCUCCGUAUGGCAUAUUUCUUUGCUCUGAGCUGAAUGAAAUAUGGAAAUCACUUGGUCGAGAGUUUAUACCACAGGUGAAACAUUUUCCGGAUCGGUUCCCUGUGUUAGCAGUACCAAAUUCAUUUGUGGUACCUGGAGGACAAUUUCAAAUCUAUUUUUACUGGGAUUCGUACUGGAUUAUCAAAGGAGGAGGCUUCCUGAUUUUGCUCUUUUUAAAGCUGACAAGGAGAACUCAACCACCACUGUUUACGCAAAUGGUUGCAGAUUAUUACUCUGCAACCAAUAAUGCAACAUUUUUGUCUCGAAUGAUACCUUAUAUCGACAAAGAACUUGCUUGGUGGCGUACAAAUCGUUCAGUAAUAGCAAUAACUAAUUGUCCGCGUCCAGAAAAUUACUUGGUUGAUCUUGAUAACGGAUAUCACGGAGAUGAUAAAUCAACUAACAUUUGGUCUUCUAUAGCUAGCGCUUGUGAGUCCGGUCUUGAUUUCAGUUCGCGAUGGUUUGGAUAUUCAGGAACACAAGCAGGUACAAAAUUUUCAAUUAGGACAAAUAAAAUUGUCCCGGUAGACUUGAAUGUGCUAAUGGUGUUAAACUACUGGGAAUUUGCAAAUAUGUUAAACAAACUUAAGGAAGAA